AGGAGGCGGGAGGUCGCGUGCGCGCCGCCUUCCCCGCGCGUGCGUAGUAGCCGGCAACCUGUCAGCGCCCGGCCCGUGGCGCCCGUUUGCCGUUGCUGUGGCAGCCGAGGGGCCCUGCGGGAGGCCCUGGCUGCGAGGCCUGCCGGAGGGACGGAGCCUUCCGGGAACACGAGCGGCAGCUCGGCCGCUUUCUCCUCGUCGUCGCCUUCCCCCUCCCCGCCGCAGCCGCUCACGCUGCUGGUGAUGCAGCCCUGCGGCGGGGACGGGGAGGCGGUGGGCGCCUUGCUGCAGCCCCAGGUGGUGCGGCAGCCGCAGCCGCCGUCGCGGGGGGCCUCGGAGGCGCCCUCGGGCCUCAUGGUCUUCUACGAGCUGGGCCCGGCGGCGGGGGGCGACGCCGACGGCGAGGGGGGCGGAGGCGACAGCGCCGGCAGCCCCGGCGGAGGCCUGGAGGAUCUGGACGACGACGAGGAGGGCGGCGCCCAGUCGGGAGGAGGAGGAGGCGGCGGCUGCAAGAGCUGCACCUACAAAGGCUGCAGCGAGACCACCACGCAAGUGGCCAAGCAGCGCAAGCCCUGGAUGUGCAAGAGGCACCGCAACAAGAUGUACAAGGACAAGUACAAGCGCAAGAAGAGCGACCAGGCCUUGGGGGGCGCUGGAAGUGGCGGAGGCGGAGCAGGAGGAGGCGCCCCUUGCUCUGCCACAGCUGCUGCUGCCGCCGCCGCCGCGCAGACUGGAGCUGGGAUCUCUCCCGGAGGCAGCGCGAGAAUUGAGGAUUGCACUGAAAGUUCAGUUUCCAUGUCAAAGCAAAGAACAGGAAACAUUGGUGAUCGGCCAGCAAAACCUACACUUUUGGAACAAGUGUUGAACCACAAAAGACUGUCCCUUCUGAGAAGUCCAGAAGUUGUACAUUUUCUCCAGAAACGACAGCAGCUACUAAGUCAACAAGCAUUGGAGCAAAGGCAGCAACAGUUUCCAGGAGCACCAGUGUGAGGAUAGGAAUGUAGUUCAAAUACCCUCAGCUCAGUUUCAUGUUGGAAUGGUGGAUGAAGGAAAGAAGUUGACUAACAGAGGCCUACAAGCUGCUCUAGCUGUUUUAUGCUGUGGUUUUAUUUUCUAUUGGACAAGUAAGAAAACCUAUUUGGUUUCCCCCCCAGAAUUUAUUUAUUUGUAAUUGUUUUUGUUAGCUUUGAUACAUCUUCUCUCCGUCCACUGAAGCUUUCUGUUAAUAUUUUGGAAGCCAAGUUUUAGUGUUCUGGGAGAGAGAAAUUAAUAGAUCAAAUAAAAACCAAUUUAAUUAUUUUAAUGUUUUACUAUGUGAAAAUUUUUUAUAUCUUGCAUAAAGUUAUUCUUCGAUGACAGUCAUUGAAAAAGCAAUACUUACUUUCUAUGGAAGUUUUAAAUUGUAAACUUUGAGCCAAUCUAGUAGCCUCUGUUGCUCAGGGAUGUAGGAGAGGGGAAUGCUGGGCUUACAGCUUUGUGAGGGAAGUUCAGCAAGAUUUGGCCCACCAUUCUAACACUGGUGUGGCAUUUGACACUCUGGCCAAUCUAGUCAAUCAGUUUCUAUAUUGCAUUAUAAAAUAAUGUAUACUCGGUUGGUAUUAAUUUCAUGAGCAUUUUUGUAAACAUGAUUUAAGUAUUAGUGUGAGUAUUGCAGUAUAUUACUGACAUGAUUCAUAAAGAGGCAUCCAUUUGAGCUUAUUUAUAUUAAUUUUAUAUUUUUAAUGACUUGUUUACUAAAGAACACAAAUUGUUCAUACAAGGAUACAUUAAGGUAUCAGUUUUGUAUCUUUGUAAUUUUCAGGCUAUUUUUGAACGUGUUCAAGGAUUUUUUGAAACUUUUUGAAAAAUGUCAUUUAAGUUAACUUUUGUACAUCAGAUUUUUAAAGCAUUUAAAAACUGUACAUAUUGUAUAUAAUUGGUGUCCUGUUCUUUCAUAGCAAUUUCCUGACUAGUUAUUGAUAAGCUGAAGUAAAUGUGUAUGUUUUCUAGGCUACUGUUUUUAGAGAAAGAACUCUAAGCUGUGUUGAGUGAUUUAAAAGAUAUGUCGCUUGUCUGUUCUUUCAUUUGCAAAUUAAAUGUUUUCACCUUGACUUGCAGUUUUCAAUUCUGCAUGAAGGAAAUUAACUGUUGUUUACAGUAACCUUACUUGUCAAAUUUAUUAUAUCAUGGGGCACAUAAUUGAGUCUAGUGCAGUAAAAUAGGAAUGAAAUAUUCCAGCAUUUUGCUAAGAGUGCUAAUCUUAGCUCGUCAAAAGUGGCAUUAUCUACCUUGCAGUUGUAUCGUACAGAUGUUUUGGGACUACAACUCCCAUCAUCCCUAGCUAACAGGACCAGUGGUCAGGGAUGAUGGGAAUUGUAGUCCCAAAACACCUGGAGGGCCGAGCUUGCCUAUGCCUGAUAUAACCCAUUGUACUGAGUGAGGAUUUCUGUCCACAUGCCCCUUGCAAUCUCCUACAGUUAGUGCAAGGUGUCGUAACAGAAGCUACUUUGGAGCUAACAAAGCAAAGAAGCUUUAGGAAAGACAACAUUUAUUAGGAGAAUAUCUUAGAUCAGAUGUGCACGUAAAAAGGGUCCUUGGUCUGGAAGCAGUCAAAUAGAUGGAAAUAUAUACCUCAGAGUUCAGUUGAAAAUUGUAAUACAGAUGUGAGAGGAUCAUUAUGCAAUUAUCAUAUUUGAAGUGGUGCUAGGUAUACAGAGUUGACAAGAUUAAAAUGAACCUUUCUUUUGAACAUACAAUUGAAUACUUCUUACCUAUAGUGUACAGUGAUGUGCCCUGCCCUAGAGAAGUAUAUGCACUCCAAACAUGCAAUAGUUCAUUUGUACAGACACACCUCUGUUAACUGCAAAGAUGGAAGCAAAUGUCCUAUACAUAAGAAAUUGAUGGGCAAACCCUUGUGUGCAUGGAAGCUAUGGGUGCAUUCAGUGCCUGCUGAAAACAUUCUUGUUUAGACAAGCCCACCCAGAUACUUAGACAGUUGAGGCAAUUAUGUUUUAGUGUGUUGGCUUUUGUAUGUUUUGUAGAAGGAUUGUAUUUUUUUCUUGAUUUUCUUGUAUUUUUUUGUAAGCUGCUUUGAGGUUUCUUACAAAUGGUGUCUAAAUUUGGGGGGGGGGUAUAACCAGUGCUAAAAAUCAUGCUGGAAGAGGCAACGGCUGUCAAUGUAGCUAAUCUAUAUGGAUAUAGAAGCAAUGUAAAUCUCACUACAAAUUAGGUUUGUACGGAUUGGUUUCCAAUAAUAUGACUACUGCCAACCAUCAUUUUGGUAGUAUGGAGAGCAAACUGGCCAGGUCCCCCCCCCCCCCCGAAUUGGUGCCAUGUGCAGCUAUUUUUCAUUCAAAAAAAAUUUUUUUAAGCCUCUUUAAUAAAUUCAGCCAUAAUGCAGUUCAAGUAGCUUUUGUUAUAUUAAUUCUUUUGAGAAAUCUGAGUUGUUCCAGCUUCAUGUGUUGUACUUGCUUUUUGACAUGUUCACCCUUAAGUGACAGGUGCAUAUUUUUGGUUUGUAUGUAGUAAUGUUAAUGGGAAAUAAAAGAGCACAUCACAUUCAAACUUGUAAAAUGAUUAGUAGGUAUGAAAAUGAAUAUGAAUUCUAAAGCUAUUUUGCUCAUUUAUGCUGGACACACAAGAAUUGGGCUGUUUUUAAUGUUGUUGAGUGCCACCUUAUUGCCACUUGAAGCAGCUGUUUAUCAGAAUUUAAACAGAUCGUUUGAACUAUCAAGAAACCUAUUUACGCUUGUCAUGUAAAUUUGAAAAUUAAGAGUUUGAAUUUGUAUACAAGUUUUGAUGAGGCUCUUGAAGCAGAUAUAGUAAUGUCAUUAUAAAGACUUCAUGCACCUCAGAAUGAAAUUUUAUAGCACUACAAACAAGAUAAGGAUUAAACCGAUCUUUCACUAGGGCCUUUGAGUGGAAAAGUGUACUUUGUGUUUGGUAUAAGGAAGAACUUACCUGUUACUUUGCCUACAUGAAUGUCAUAAAUUGUGUUCUAUACUGUCCUAGAGCAAAAUUACAUGUGGAUUAAGCAAAUUUGCGGAUGGUGGUGUUAGUGUGUCAGCUCUGAAAGAUGGAGAGGCCAGUUUGGCCUUAGGAACCCUCUGAACAACAGUGAUAAGGUAUAAGCAAAUUGUCAUUAUAGUUCUUUGUAUUUUCUCUUUAAUGGCACCCUUCUGCUUCUGUAGCUACAUUUUAUUUUUGUUGUUCUGAGUUGCUCCUACUCUAAUUCUGCUGUUGACCCAUUUAUUGGUAUGUUACUGCUUUUCAAAUGGAAUAAACUUCUGUCUAAAACUUUGUCAAUUCUAGACAUGAAAAUAAAGCUGCUGCACUUA